AUGUACACAUUUUCCACAUUACCCGUCGAAAUUGUCUAUCGAAUUAUGGAUCAUGAAGAUGAGCAGACGCUAUUUUGUUCAAUGCAAAACGUUUGCCGAAGGCUCAAUCAGAUCCUGAGCACUUACGAACGAUAUCGAACACUCACCACCCUAAACCUCGACGACAAUAGAAUCGGUGAUGACGGAGCACAACACAUUGCGGAUGUGUUACGAACGAACACGACACUAACCGCACUAGAUCUCAACUGGAACGGAAUCGGGGAUAAAGGAGCACAACACAUCGCGGAUGCGUUGCGAAAGAACACGACACUCACCACACUAAACCUUUACGGGAACGGAAUCGGUAAUAAAGGAGCACAAUAUAUUGCCGAUGCGUUGCGAACGAACACGACACUCACCGCACUAGAUCUCUGCGACAACAGAAUCGGUGAUGAAGGAGCACAAUAUAUUGCGGAUGCGUUGCGAACAAACACGACACUCACCGCACUAGAUCUGGGCAAUAACGAAAUCGGUGCUAAAGGAGCACAACACAUUGCGAAUGCGUUGCGAACGAACACGACACUCACCACACUAAAACUCUUGAACAACGAAAUCAGUGAUACAGGAGCACAACACAUUGCGGAUGCGUUGCGAACGAACACGACACUCACCGCACUAGAUCUCAGCAGAAACAGAAUCGAUGCAAAAGGAGCACAACACAUUGCGGAUGCUUUGCGAACGAACACGACACUCACCACACUAAACUUCUACCGUAACGAAAUUGGUGAUGAAGGAGCACAACACAUUGCAGAUGCGUUGCGAACAAACAGGGUAAUACUGAUCUCAGUUCCCCGAAGGAACGGAAUCGGUGCUGAAGGAGCACAACACAUUGCGGCUGCGUUGCGAACGAACACGACGCUCACCGCACUAAAACUCUUCGACAACGAAAUCGGUGAUAAAGGAGCACAGCACAUUGCUGAUGCUUUGCGAACGAACGCGACACUCACCACACUAAACCUUUACGGGAACGGAAUCGGGGAUAAAGGAGCACAACACAUUGCUGAUGCUUUGCGAACGAACACGACACUCACCACACUAGAUCUCUGCGACAACAGAAUCGGUGAUGAAGGAGCACAAUAUAUUGCGGAUGCGUUGCGAACGAACACGACACUCACCGCACUAGAUCUGUGCGACAACGGAAUCGGUGAUAAAGUAGCACAACUCAUUGCGGAGGCGUUGCGUCGGAAUGCAAGCGUCAAUAUGGUGUAG